GCAGCUCUAUUCAUGGCAUGUACUAGGAACAUUCACGGCUAUGUUUAUCAUUAUUUUUUGCUAGUCUGAACACAUUUAAUUCCCAGUAAUCAGACCAUCUAUGGGGUGAUGUGUUGAAAAAUUAAUUGGCAUAGCAUCAGCUGAGUGUAAUGGGGUUGUUGGAUAAACUGACGGGCUGGCUCGGCCUGAAGAAGAAAGAGGUCAACGUUUUGUGUCUUGGACUGGACAACAGCGGCAAAACUACCAUCAUCAACCAGCUCAAACCACCUAAUACACAGGCACAAGAAAUCGUCCCAACAAUUGGUUUCAACAUCGAAAAGUUCAAGAGUUCAAGCCUGUCCUUCACAGUCUUUGAUAUGUCUGGGCAGAGCAGAUACAGGAACCUGUGGGAGCAUUAUUACAAAGAGAGCCAUGCUAUCAUAUUUGUCAUUGACAGCAGUGACAAGCUGAGAAUGGUUGUUGCUAAAGAGGAGCUAGACACUCUUCUCAACCAUGAAGAUAUCCGCAGCAAAAGGAUACCAGUAUUAUUCUUUGCUAACAAGAUAGAUCUGCAGGAUGCAAUGUCUUCUGUCAAGGUCUCACAGAUGUUGUGUUUGGAGAACAUCAAAGACAAGCCCUGGCACAUCUGUGCCAGCAAUGCUAUCAAAGGAGAGGGCCUUCAGGAAGGGCUGGACUGGCUACAAGAUCAAAUUGCACAAUCAUUUGAAAACAAUGAACACAUGAAUGACUGAAAUGGCCAUGACUACGGACAAAGGGGACAUGGUAACUGGAUCUCACUCAUCAUCUGGAGUAUUCAUCACACUUGAUGUUGUAGGCCUUAAACUUAAAUAUCAAAUAACCUACAAAUUCCUGGGCACGCAAUAACUCUAAGAUCUAUUUACCUUUGGGAAAAAAAGAAAAAUAUCAAAUAUAUUCUGAUUAUUUAAAGCACUCCCUGAUAGAUUUCCUUCUUAUAUAUCAUUAUGAGCACACUCUGUAAACUAAAAAUUAUCAUUUAUACUGUUUCUGUAUACAGUAACAUUUUUUUUAUUGAAGCUGCUUUUUUAUUGACACAAUGCUUUCUUAAUUACAUCCUUUUUUGAAAACGCUAUCAAUGCUGAAUAUUGCACUGUCUAAUAAAAGCCUAUUUGCUGAG